AUGAGUUCAAAGAUAUUGAAUAAAUUAAGUCAUAAUAUAUUAGGAGUGGUGGCAAAGAGGAAGUGUCUGUCUUCGGGAGGAAUGGAGUGUUGGAACCGUUCGGUCACUCACUUCACAUUCAACCCGCAGACCCCGUCCACCAAAUCCGGUGACACGACUCGUAUGAAUCUGUUUCAGGCGGUCAACAACGCGCUCGACAUCGCGCUGACCACCGAUCCCACGGCCGCCAUCUUUGGCGAAGACGUUGCCUUCGGGGGUGUCUUCCGGUGCACUGUCGGCCUUCAGGACAAGUUCGGCAAAGACCGGGUCUUCAAUACUCCGCUCUGCGAACAGGGAAUCGCCGGCUUCGGCAUCGGGAUGGCAGCGGCCGGCGCCACAGCCAUCGCUGAGAUCCAGUUCGCCGACUAUAUCUUCCCCGCCUUUGACCAACUCGUCAACGAAGCCGCGAAGUUUAGGUACCGAUCGGGCAAUCAGUUCGACUGCGGCUCUCUGACAGUGCGGGCGCCCUGUGGGGCCGUCGGACACGGGGCUAUGUAUCACUCGCAGUCCGUCGAGGCCUACUUCGCCCACUGCCCCGGCCUUAAGGUGGUUAUACCCCGCGGACCCAUUCAGGCCAAGGGUCUACUCUUGAGUUGCAUUCGCGACAAAAAUCCGUGCCUUUUCUUUGAGCCCAAAAUACUGUACCGAUUGGCCGUAGAACAGGUGCCCCUCAAGGACUAUAUGAUCCCACUGUCCAAAGCGGAAGUGCUGGUCGAAGGCCAUGACGUGACGCUAAUUGGUUGGGGAACUCAAGUGCAUGUUCUGCACGAAGUGUGUCAGAUGGCCAGCGAUCAGCUGAACGUCUCGUGCGAACUCAUAGAUCUGGUGACAGUCCUUCCGUGGGAUAAACAGACUAUCAUUAAUUCAGUCAAAAAGACGGGACGUGUAUUGAUAGCACACGAGGCGCCCAUCACUGGCGGCUUCGGCGCAGAGAUCGCCGCAACCAUUCAGAAGGAGUGCUUCUUGAAUCUGGAGGCACCCAUCUAUCGCGUCUGCGGUUAUGACACCCCUUUCCCUCACAUCUUCGAGCCUUUCUAUUUGCCCGACAAAUGGAAAUGUUUUGAUGCCAUCAAAAAACUCAUUAACUUUUGA